ACUGGCAUUACUUCAGUGAUGGACGUUUUGCCGGUGUUUGUCUGCGCCGCGCACUAAAACACCGCUGUUUGCGCCACUCCAGACCCGAAAAGCACCGACAUCUCUGCACUCUGCUUCUGCCCGUCCACACGCGCAGCGGACGGAUCUCUCUGCGGGCUGUUCCUGCGCUCAUGCCCCGGAGAACAGACGCUAAACCCGGUGUAUCGCGCUCGGAUUUCUCCUAAGGGAACGCAUCACUUUCCCACGACAGUCUCCUGACCUGUGAGUGGAUAGUGGAGAUGGGCGUGCGCUCCGGCCUCUCUCAUGCCCUCCUCCGGCUCUCCUCAGUGGGGCUGAUGGUGUUCUUGGGGGUGCUGGUGCUUGCUGUGUGGGCAGAGGGAAGAGACUUCUACGCUCUGCUGGGAGUGAGUCGAGGGGCUAGCACCCGAGAGAUCCGCCGUGCCUUCAAACAGCUGGCCCUGACCAUGCACCCGGACAAGAACCCGGGAGACGCGUCGGCUCAUGAGAAGUUCCUUCAGGUGAACCGGGCCUACGAGGUUCUAAAGGACGAGGACCUGCGCAAGAAGUACGACAAGUAUGGAGAGAAGGGGCUGGACGAGCAGCAAGGCGGCCGAUACGAGAGCUGGAACUACUACAGAUACGACUUUGGGAUCUACGAUGACGACCUGGAGAUCAUCACUCUGGACAGUGGAGACUUUGAAGCAGCUGUGAACUCUGGAGAGAUCUGGUUUAUCAACUUCUACUCUCCACGCUGCUCCCACUGUCACCAGCUGGCUCCCACGUGGAGGGAGAUGGCCAAGGAGAUGGACGGUGUGAUCCGGAUAGGAGCCGUCAACUGUGGGGACAACCACCAGCUGUGCCGGAGGAAAGGCAUCCACAGCUACCCGAGUCUGUACCUCUACAGAGCAGGACAGACUCCAGAGAAGUUCAGUGGGGAGCGCUCCAAAGACAACCUGGUGCGCUUCUCCAUGCAGUUCAUCAGCACCGUGGUCUCCCAGCUGUGGCACGGAAAUGUCUUCAGUGAGAUUGAGGAGGCGUUCUCCAAAGGCGUGGGCUGGCUCAUCACCUUCUGUGCAGAGUCUGGAGAUUGCCUGGAGCCCCGGACGAGGCAGAAGCUGGCAGGCAUGCUGGACGGCCUGGUGAAGGUGGGCUGGCUCGACUGUGUGAACCAGGAGCAUCUGUGCGACAGCUUCCAGGUGAGCAGUGGAGCCACGGCCUUGUUUCCCCCAGGCAGCUCUCUGGACCAAGAGGGCAGUGUCCUGUGGCUGCGCAGUCUGGACAGCAGAGAGAUCUACCAGCAGGUCCUGGAGCACCUGCCUGACCUGGAGCUGCUCAGUGCCCACAACUUCCAGAGCAAGCUGGCUCGGCACCGCUGGCUUAUCAGCUUCUUUUUCGGAGACAAAAACACAUCUCUGAACGAGUACAAGAAACUGCAGGCUCUACUGCGCAAUGACCACAUCCAGGUGGGCAGAGUGGACUGUGUGGCCGAUGCCGAGCUGUGCCAGUCUCUGUACAUCCACAAACCCUGCGUGGCCGUGUUUAAAGGAAUGGGCAUCCACAACUUUGAGAUCCACCAUGGGAAGGAUGUGCUGUACAACAUUGUGGCAUUCGCGCGGGACAGUGUGAGGGCACAUGUGACCACCCUGAGGCCAGACAACUUCCCGUCCAAUCAGAAGGAGCCCUGGCUGGUGGACUUCUUUGCACCGUGGUGCCCUCCCUGUCGUGCGCUCCUCCCAGAGCUCCGGAAGGCGUCCAUCCAGCUGGCAGGACAGAUGAGGUUUGGGACCCUGGACUGUACCGUCCACCAGCACCUGUGCUCCAGGUAUAACGUCCAGGCCUACCCCACCACAGUGAUCUUCAAUGGCUCCUCUGUUCACGAGUACGAGGGCCAGCACUCUGCAGACGGCAUCCUCGAGUUCAUACAGGACCUGGUGCAGCCCUCAGUGGUCGUCCUGGAUCCUGACAGCUUCACACAGAGAGUUAAAGGGCGGUCAGAGGGCGAAGUGUGGGCAGUGGACUUCUACGCCCCCUGGUGUGGACCGUGCCAGAUGCUGAUGCCUGAGUGGAGACGCAUGGCCCGGAUGGUGUCGGGGCAGAUCCACGUGGGCUCUGUGGACUGUCAGCACUUCCAGACCUUUUGUCAAAGUCAGGGUGUGAGAGCGUACCCUGAGCUGCGCCUGUACGGGGCCUCCAAGAAGACGCACCAGUUCACAACAUAUAAUGGCUGGCACAGAGACUCUCAGUCCCUGAGGUCCUGGGCUCUCAGUUCGUUGCCUCGGGCGUCGGUGGACCUCACUCCAGACUCAUUCAGAACUCUGGUGCUUCAGGGGGACCAGCACUGGGUCCUGGACUUCUUUGCUCCGUGGUGUGGGCCCUGCCAGCAUUUUGCCCCAGAGUUCGAGGUUCUGGCUCGAAGCCUUAAAGGGGAGGUGCGGGCAGGGAAAGUGGACUGCCAAGCACACUACCAGCUGUGCCAGACAGCAGGGAUCACCGCGUACCCCACUGUCCGCUUCUACCCCCACCAAGGCGUGCCCAGGACGGCGUAUGGAGGAGAACACAUGAACAGCCGAGAAGCCAGCGUGAUCGCUGACAUCAUCAGAACGAGACUGGAGGAGCUAAAGCCGCGCAUGAACAGCCAAACCAAGGACGAGCUCUGAUGUGAGCAGAGGGGGGGCAGUGAUGCGUGCGACCCCCAGGAUGUGACUGGGCAUUGUGUGAGCGGUUGGUGAACACUCCCUGAAGCUGCUGGAUGGAUGGACACUGUGCAGAGCCAUAUUUACUCUGUGAUGUAAGACACUGGAGCUCUGUUACAGAAGAGUCAUUUUACUGAUUGUGUGGAAACUGCUGGGACUUUCCAAAUAAAGGUUUUUACUUUUUAA